GUGAUCGCAGCUGCAGCUUCAGCUUCGAAGGAACUAUCAACAUCGUCGUUGUCGUCGUCAUCGUCAUCGCCAUCGAACCACUUAAAAAUUAUAGCCUUAGGCGGUCGUCUAGUCGGCUCAGACCAAGAAAAGUAAUAUUUGUUGUGAGUGCAAAAUUCGAUGCGUGUGUUGUGUUGUGUGCGCGUUUCUUCUAUUCAUGCCAAAUAUCAGUUAGCCAGUGCAACGACUUAACCAAUCUAUAAGUCUAUAAGCAAUUAGCCAAGUCAAGACAACAACAACAACAACAAAAAUGACGCAACCCGUAAAGUUUUAUUUUGAUUUCUUGAAUCAAUCGAGUCGAGCCCUCUAUAUUCUGUUCGAGGCAUCCAAGAUACCGUUCGAGGCGAUACCAAUCUCGAUGCUCAAAGUUAGCCAGUGCAACGACUUAACCAAUCUAUAAGUCUAUAAGCAAUUAGCCAAGUCAAGACAACAACAACAACAACAAAAAUGACGCAACCCGUAAAGUUUUAUUUUGAUUUCUUGAAUCAAUCGAGUCGAGCCCUCUAUAUUCUGUUCGAGGCAUCCAAGAUACCGUUCGAGGCGAUACCAAUCUCGAUGCUCAAAGGUGAGCACUUGACCGGCGAGUUUCGCGACAACGUCAAUCGUUUUCGCAAACUGCCGGCCAUAACGGACCAUGGCUUUCAGCUGUCGGAGAAUGUGGCUAUCUUCAGGCAUUUAUCGCGCGAGAAGCUGGUGCCGGAGCAUUGGUAUCCACGACGUCAUCUGGGACGGAGUCGCAUUGACGAGUACCUGGCCUGGCAGGAACGCCACAUGGGCGUUGCCUGCACCGAUUAUUUUCAACAGAAAUGGCUCGUGCCCUACUUGCAAAAGACGCGGCCCGGCGAUAAUGCGGUGAGCUUGGCGCGCAAACAGUUGGACCAUACGCUGAACGACUUUGAAACACUCUUCCUGAAUUCACGCAAAUUUAUGAUCGGCGAUAAUAUUUCCUAUGCGGAUCUAAAUGCCAUUUGCGAAAUCGAUCAGCCAAAAUCCAUUGGCUACAAUCCGUUCCAGAAUCGCAACAAACUGGCGCGUUGGUACGAGGCGGUCCGUGACGAGCUCGGCCUCUACUACAAGAAUGUCCACGACGAGUUCGAGCGGAAUCUGAAGUUGCGGAAUGCGGAACAGAGUGGGGCACAGGCGCGGGCGCGGGCGCUGGAACAGUGAGCCGCACCUGUAUUUAUAUAUUUAUAUAUAUAUAUAUAUGUAUAUCUAUAUAUAUAUAUAUAUAUGUACAUGUAUUAUCUAUAAGUUUUCUAAUCAUAUAGAUUGGCGGUCAAAUUUUAGGUCGAUUACUUAUUAAUAUAUAUUUUUGUAUAUAUAUUAUAUACCGAUUAUUAAGGUGCGACAUAUUUCUCUGACAAAAAUACUAUAUAUAUAUAUAUUUUUUUUUUUUGAUAAAGUGCUGCAAUGUUCUUCUAAGAUUUAAUGCUAGUGUGUGGUUUGUUUAUUGUUUUACUCUAAGUUCAUUUUAUGGCAGUUUCUUCUUAUUAUUGAUGUUUGUUUUUGCUUUUUAAAAAAGUAUUUUUAAAAAAAAAUUAGCAUAUGAGAAAAUGUAAUUUUUACUGCAAUUUGUUUGGCCAACAUACUAAUUUUUGGGAAAAAAUACGAAACUAAAAAAUUAUUAUAUAUUUUUUAAAGAA